GGUUUUACUCCUGGCAAUUUUUCUGGCUCAUCAAGUGUUCCUUCGGAAAAUGCAUAUUUGUAGUUCUAAGGAAGACUUCACUUGAAGAUGCAACGUCUAGUCUCCCUCCUUGUAUUUUGCGUUCUUCUGAGGUGUAUCAAGGCAGAUGUUGCUUUUACAUGGCCCUACCCAGGAGCCACCUUGGGCUCGGGAGAUGUCACUCUAUGGUGGAGGGAAGAUGGAAAUGCGCUUUUGAUCGAGGAGAUGGGUAGUCAUUUGUUAGUUUUGUUCACCGGAAGUAAUAAUGCUAUGCAAAUUUUGAAUGAAUGGGUCAUUCCCGUUGGAAAGUAUAAUGCAACUAUACAUCUCAAUUCAAACAUCGGACCCAAUGCAAACAAUUCCUACUUCUUCGGUAUUCAAUCAAAUCCUAUAAGCAUGACGAACUAUCCAUCAACCUCCAUUCCAGUUCUCACAAAUUUCUCACCUCGUUUCUCUCUCACGAAUAUGACGGGUAGAGAUUUCAGCCCUUCUAUCAGCGCUGCAAAUGCGGCGUGCAAUACCACAGAUGGACCGGAUUCUGUAAUUCGAGAUGAAACGCAAGAUCAAGUAUCUCUGGGUAUGGCUAACGUCCGCUCUCUGUCAUCCGCUCAGAUUACAACUUCUGGGGUAAUUCACAAUCCAACGGAUGGUGUGCUUGUUACAACUAUUCCUUUGACACCCAUUAUUUCAGCCACUACUUUGCCUUCGUCUCCCGUAACAACUAUAUUCUUUACACCAACGCCCACUGCCUCUACUCAACCUGUUACAGAAACCCCGACACAGAUUCCGACUUUCACAGCCAGUGCCCAUAAAAGGAUUGUGAUCGCUGUUCCUGUUUCUAUAGGUGUUGCUGCUCUGGCUGGUCUCUUCAUUUUCUUCGUUGUUCGAUACAGACGUCGGUAUUCGUCAUCCGAAAAAGUUGAUCCAGACGGAUCUAUUCUUCCAUUUUUCCCACCACCACCUACUCAUCCUAAUACAUGGAUGGAUACCACAGCUUCCACUGUCAAGAAUAAAUCCAAUCGUUUUUGGUAUCGCCUGAAAGCCAAACGUUCACGAGAUAGUGUCGCUGAGUUGCCUGGCUACGAAGGUCCAGGUACAUUGAAGUCUGCCUCACAGCGUAACACCAGUCCAAGCGGAACGACAAUUACAAACAGGAGCGAAGUGGCUCACAGACCUAUAAUCAUUCCUUCCACUGCAGCAACUGGAAUCUCAUCGACCAAAAGCCAACACCGACCACAAAAUCACCCAGGACGCGAAGUCGGCUUUUUGGCUGUAGGUCCGGAUUCGGCAAUUAAUAACCACAACUCAGAUCCUAAAACUCCUGCUAGUGUUGCCCACACUAAUCAUUCAUAUCCACGUGCUUCAACUAUCAAGACCAUCACAACGGAGAGUUCAGGCAUUCCAUCUUCAUCAGCUCUAUCUUCAUCUUUUGACCGAGAACGCGAACGCGGCCCUUUUCCUUUAGACUCCGGAACUCCCGUAUUCAAAGAAAGAGAGACACAAACACCACCACAGCCACCAAGUCCUACAGCUCUUAGAGGGAUGGCAAAAGUAGUUACGAUUCCGAGGAGUGAUUCAUUCUCACAUUCGAGCUCGGACUUUGGUGCGAUACCUCAAUCUUCUUCUACCUACUACCCUGCAAGAAAAAACUCGCUUCAAAGAGAAGGAUCAGAUGUAUAUAACUUUUCAAAUCCUGGAUCACCAUAUAAAAAAUCUUCAUAUAAUACACCUUCAUCUUCAUAUCAAGCUCCGCAAACAUCAUUUCCUCCACCACCAACCUCAAUGUUGUCUCAGGCGUCUCAAUUCAAGAGUUUUAGAAGUCCAAUGAGAGGGGCGGAUGAGAGUGCUGCUGUUAAAGAGGCGGAGAGAAGAAUUAGAGGAUUUCUUGGGAAUAAUGGGGGAGUUGGUUCGGAUAGAGAUGGGAUUGUGAGUCCGAUUAGUCCGGUUAGUCCUUUGUCGAGAUAAAUGAAGCGGUAAUUUUUGAGGGUCAUGAUAUGUGUAUGAUGUCUCUUUGUAUGUAUGAGAAAUGUAUGAGUGGGGAAACAAAUGGAAUAAGAUAAAUGACAGGGUAUUGAUGGAGGAAUUGGCGUUUGAAACUUAAUGAAUGGACAUGGUAAUAACGAAUGGAGGUUAUUUGUGACGGAAACAGGACGGAAAUGAAAUAAAACAAUGAGUUGGUCUAAUGAAUGGACAUAUAUAUAUCCCCCAUUUCUCUCGUUAAACGUCA